UGUGAGUAACUCACACUCAACCGCAGAGUGCUCAUAACAUGUGUGAAAUUGACACCACAUAUGCCAUCGGGACACAUCGAAGGCAUCGAGUGGAGCUGGCGGCGGAAACAAAAGCAAUUUUACGCUACAUUUACUUAAUGAUACAACCCUCAAAAUGCCAAGGCAGAUGUUGCUCUUAGUACCACCACAAAAACGAUUGGCAACUGUGAGGAUAUAGUACUUGUAAUUAGCUUACCAAAUAGUUAGUUUCUUUUUGUUGUCAUGUUCUAUUGCCCUUAAACCAGACAUUGAUUUCUCAUUAAAAUGUAAAAGUUUCGUUUGAUAUAAAUUUCCGAGUAUUUUUUUGCUUUGAAAAAAACAAUGCAGAGCAUUGAAAAAACAUUAUUCGAAAAUUAUAUCAAAUUGUAGGUUUUUAACGAGUUUGGACAAAAAGUCAAAAUUAACGGCACACUAAGUGAAAGAAUGAGCUCGAUCAGCAACAUACAGCCCAGUUGGCUAGAAUGGGUUAAUCGCAAUGCGCUGCCAAAACAAAGAUAUUCGCCUGGUCCAAGAAUGGAACCGACGCGUUGGCAAAAAGCUGGACCCAUGAGCCGGCAGCAAUGGGUUAAUUUCUACAAAUGGGUGGAAACAAAUGGCGGUGUCAAUUAUCAGAGAUCAAUAGAGAAACCCAAACGAAAGUCUCGCACUUUUAUACCUGGUGUAUUCUUUUGUGUGGAGCCCAAAGAAAAGGAGAGGCAAGAGAAGAAAAAGCGAUUGCAGGAAAAAUUCGAUGAAUUGAGUGUUCCCCGCUACAAGCGCGAUAAAUUUGUUGCACCACCCCCAAAACCGUUUCCAUUUCGACCACAAAUCGAUUACCGACGGCCACAAAAGAAACCGGAACGCGGGCGUCCUUGGCCGAUGCCAAUUGUGCCCUGUUGCUUUCAGCACGAGGAUGUCAAGGCGGCCUUCUGGGCAAAUUUACGUUUUCCCAUCUCAAGAAAUGCGCUGCGAGCAAAACCCACACAGAAAAUCAUUGAGUUGGCCCAACCGCGUGUCUAUCCGCCAAAGCCACAUUGUCCCAUCCCAAUAGAUUGGGAAAAUAUGCCGCGUAAGCGGACGAAAAUGACUUUAAAUCAGUGGAGGAUGCAUUUGUCUCGACUCGAGUAUUUAGCUAGGCCGAAUCGACGUGUGCUGGCUGAACUGGAAAUCUGUCGAUGCUGUAGGUGCAAAAAUCGAAUGCUCAGCCAAAGAACAGAUUCAAUGUAUAGCAAUUCGAUGGGUUACUGACAGAUGAUAGACGAUACAUUUUUGUCUAAUGUAUGUCAGUAAGUCAGGGAGUUGCUGCUCAAUGAAUCCAACUUGAUAAGUGAAUAUUGUCUAAUUUCAUUGUUUAAAUACACAAACACUUUUACAUUGCAAA